CGCCUGUCUGUGCCUUUCUUCUGUUCCCCUAGACAAGCAAGAAAGAAAAUUUAAAACUUGGGCCGACGGAAAGGGGGCCGAGAGGCUACGCGUCAUCGUCUUCCUUCUUGCUUCCUUCUUCACUUGCCUCUUCCUCUCCACGAAGAUGUCUUCGACAGUGUCGCAGCGGCAAGCAAAGGGCAAGGCGUUCCACGAGUCCAACGAAAAGAGCAACUACAUCUACCGCUGGUGCCUCGCCGUCAUCCUCACCCUCAUCCUGGUUCUCUACCUGACGCCGAUCCCGGAAUAUGUGAUGGGCACACACCCCGAGACGCACCACACGCUCUUCUUUGCCGCCACCCACAUCCAGGGCACGCACGAGGACCUGGUGCGCCUGCCCGCGCUGCCCAUCUACCUCUUCUUUUUCCUCCUCCAGGGCACCCUCGUCGCGGCCGCCCUCGUCGAGACGGCCGACCGGCUGGGUCUGGUCAAGUCCAAGGGAAAGGCGUUCCCUCACCAGCCCCAUCUCUUUGGCACCGCGCCCGACUGGCUCGCCCCGAUCCUCACCGACAUCCGCUGGCACCCGGCCCUCGCAGCUGGCAGCGCAGGCCGCGUGGGCCAGCGCGCAGACGGCGGCGGCGGUGCGGGCGCGACGACGGCGCCCAACUUCAUCCACACCAUGCCGCCGAGGCUCCUCUACCUCAGCGUGCUCCUCUUUGUCAGCCUGCCAGUGCCCCUGCUCACCUUUGGCGGCGGCAGCUUCGCCAAUGCCGCCUGGUGGGCCAUCACCACCGCUGGCCUGGGCGUCGUCGUGGGCGCAGAGUCGAUGAUGGCAAGCGUCGAUAAGAAUGCCCAGGGCCUCAGCGGCAUGCGCUACACCUACAAGGGCGCAUGAUCCGGCAGCAGGAUGAGAAUGGAAAGGGGGGCAGAAAGGGACGAGGAGGUGAAGUUGCACUAGUGAAUAGCAGCAGUGGCAGAUGAAAGUAAUUGUAUAUUGCCCGCAUACAUUGACCAAAUUGAGCCGACCUUGCCUGCUUCAUUGCUGCGCCGAAGUGAUCCUCGUAGUCCUCGAACGAUCCUCCAUGGAAUCAUCAUGAGAGGUCAUCCUUGUAGCUCU